UUGCUUCUCAAUUUUUAUUAUGGAAAACCAUAAAAUCAUUAACCUUUUGGUAAAAUGUGCUUCUUUGUCUCUUUGCAGUUUCAUUAUAUGUGAAAAUCUGUUUCUUUAAUGCAGUAAAUAUUUUUCUUUGGCAUUUAAGAUGGGGAUAUAAUCAAUAUAGUCAAUAUAAUUCGGUCCUUUUAUGAAAUCAACUUUUAUGGUUUCUUUAAUUAUUGGUUUCAUCUGCUUUUACAUGUUUCUCAUUUUUGUGACUAAUAUAUUGAGAGAACUGAGUUAACUCAUACUUCACUGGUGGUUAAUACUUUCCCCCAUGCCAGAUAAAUUAAUGGAAAUUUAUGCAUUGUAUUUGUAUGCUUUAAUAUCAGGGUAAAAAACCAUAAUAAUCCCUUUUAAAUUUUAAAGGUAAUUUUUUUUUCUUGGCAGAUUAAGCUUAUAUCUUUUAAAGCAGUUAUUAAAGGAAGACCUAAGUAAUAUCCAUUAAUAUCAACAUUUAUAGUCAUAAAUUUUCAAGCAUGGGAAAUCUAUGUGGGGAAAGAAACAUUUUCUUAUUAAAUAUACAGAUUCACAUAGGAUGCCCAAUCUGUUGUCAAAUGAGAUCUUUAAAUUUAGAUUUAUUUUGUUGUUGCAUUCCCAGCAUCUAGUACAGUGUUUUGGAUACAUAGCUGUCUGUGUGAUGUGAUGAAGCAACCAGGGAGCAUCACUGUUCUCAGAGCUCUGGUCCUGAUGUCAAGAGGAUCUGAAUUCAAAUAUGGCCACAGACACUAGCUGUGUCUCUCAGCAAAACAUUCAAAUAAAAACUUUGGCCGAUGAUGUGCGAGACCGAAUCACAAGUUUUAGAAAAUCUGGAGUCAAGAAAGAGAAACCUCUUAUUCAGCACCCUAUUGACUCUCAAGUUGCCAUGACUGAGUUUCCAGCAGCACAGCCAUUAUAUGAGGAGCGAUCCCUGAAUUUGUCUGAAAAGGAAGUGCUGGAUCUUUUUGAAAAAAUGAUGGAAGACAUGAAUCUAAAUGAAGAAAGAAAAGCUCCUCUGCGAGAUAAAGAUUUUGGCACAAAGCAUGAAAUGGUUGUCCAGUACAUUUCGGCCACUGCCAAAUCGAUAGUUGGAAGUAAAGUUAUGGGAGGACUGAAAAAUAGCAAGCAUGAAUGUACCCUAUCUUCCCAAGAAUAUGUCCAUGAAUUACGGUCUGGUAUCUCAGAAGAAAAACUUCUUAACUGCCUAGAAUCUCUGAGGGUGUCUUUAACCAGCAAUCCUGUCAGCUGGGUUAAUAACUUUGGCCAUGAAGGUCUUGGAGUCUUGUUGGAUCUAUUAGAGAAGCUUCUGGAUAAGAAACAGCAAGAGAAUAUUGACAAGAAGAAUCAGCAUAAACUUAUUCAGUGCCUGAAAGCAUUUAUGAAUAACAAGUUUGGAUUGCAAAGAAUUCUAGGUGAUGAAAGGAGCCUUUUAUUGCUAGCAAGGGCAAUUGAUCCCAGACAGCCCAGUAUGAUGACAGAAAUAGUAAAAAUACUUUCUGCUAUUUGCAUUGUUGGAGAAGAUAACAUUCUAGACAAACUUUUAGGAGCUAUCACUACUGCAGCUGAAAGAAACAAUAAGGAGCGAUUUUCACCAAUUGUGGAAGGAUUGGAGAACCAUGAAACCUUGCAAUUACAGGUCGCCUGCAUGCAAUUUAUAAAUGCCCUUGUUACCUCUCCUUAUGAACUUGAUUUUCGGAUACAUUUAAGAAAUGAGUUUCUCCGUUCUGGACUUAAGAAAAUGUUACCGGGGCUGAAAGAAAAAGACAAUGAUGAACUUGAUAUCCAGUUGAGAGUAUUUGAUGAGAACAAAGAUGAUGACUUAAAUGAAUUAUCCCAUCGUCUCAAUGACAUUCGAGCAGAAAUGGAUGAUAUGAAUGAAGUUUAUCAUCUUCUGUACAACAUGCUAAAGGAUACUUCUUCAGAAAAUUACUUGCUAUCUAUUCUACAACAUUUCUUGCUCAUCAGAAAUGAUUAUUAUGUCAGGCCACAAUAUUAUAAGAUCAUCGAAGAAUGUGUUUCACAGAUAGUGCUCCAUGGUAGUGGCAUGGACCCAGACUUCAAAUAUCGACAGAGAUUAGAUGUUGACUUCACUCAUCUGAUAGAUGCAUGUGUAGACAAAGCUAAAGUAGAAGAAAGUGAACAAAAAGCAGCGGAAUUUUCCAAAAAGUUUGAUGAGGAGUUCACAGCACGACAGGAGGCCCAGGCUGAACUUCAACGACGAGAGGAGAAAAUACAAGAACUUGAGACGGAACUCCAACAGCUCCGAGCUCAGGGACCUGGACUUUCUGAUUCAUCAGGAAUUCUGCCAACUCCACCUUUACCACCAGCUCCAAGUGGUGCUGUUCCUCCUCCUCCACCUCCUCCUCCACCUCUGCCUGGAGUAAUUGCUCCUCCUCCUCCUCCCCCUCCUUUGCCUGGAGGAGGUGUACCACCAGCUCCUCCUUUAUUUGGGGGGCCUCCUCCUCCACCACCUCUGGGUGGGGUUCCUCCUCUUCCUGGAGCAUCUGCUUCCCUUCCUUUUGGAAUGAAACAAAAAAAAUUAUAUAAACCAGAAGUGUCCAUGAAAAGAAUCAAUUGGUCCAAGAUUGAGCCACAGGAAAUAUCAGAGAAUUGCUUCUGGUUAAAAGUUAAGGAAGAUAAGUUUGAAAAUCCAGAUCUCUUUGCAAAACUGGCACUCACUUUUGCAACACAGAUGAAAGCUAAAAAGAACAUCGAUGUCCCCGAAGAAAAGAAAGUUGCUGCCAAGAAAAAAAUUAAAGAACUGAGAAUUUUGGAUGGAAAAACUGCUCAGAAUCUCUCAAUCUUCUUGGGUUCUUAUCGCAUGUCUUAUGAAGAUAUAAAAAACAUCAUUUUGGAGGUGAAUGAAGACAUGUUAAGUGAAUCCUUAAUUCAUAACCUGGUAAAGAAUCUUCCUGAGCAGAAAGAACUUAGUGCCUUAGCCCAACUAAAGAAUGAAUAUGAUGACCUCUGUGAGCCAGAACAAUUUGGAGUUGUGAUGAGCUCAGUGAAAAUGUUAAGACCUCGUCUCCAUAGCAUCCUUUUCAAGCUCACAUUUGAAGAACACGUAAACAACAUCAAACCAGGCAUCAUGGCAGUAACUCUAGCCUGUGAAGAAAUGAAAAAAAGUGAAAGCUUUAAUCGACUUUUAGAGCUGGUACUCCUAGUUGGCAACUACAUGAACUCAGGCUCCCGAAAUGCCCAGUCGCUGGGUUUCAACAUCAACUUUCUUUGUAAGAUCAGAGACACUAAAUCAUCAGAUCAAAAAACCACACUUUUACAUUUUCUUGCUGAAAUGUGUGAGGAAAAAUACCGGGACAUCCUUAAAUUUCCAGAUGAAUUGGAGCAUGUUGAAAGUGCAAGCAAGGUUUCAGCUCAAACUCUCAAGAGCAACCUUGAUGCCAUGGAGCAACAGAUCACUCGCUUGGAAUGUGACAUUAAAAAAUUCCCUAAGACAGAAGACAAACAUGACAAGUUUGUGGAAAAGAUGACCAGCUUUGCAAAGAGUGCCAGAGACCAGUAUGAAAAGCUGUUCACCAUGCACAACAACAUGAUAAAACUCUAUGACAAUCUUGGCGAAUACUUCAUUUUUGACACCAAAACAGUGGCAAUCGAUGAAUUUUUCGGUGACAUCAGCAGCUUCCGCACCUUAUUCCUGGAAGCGGUGAAGGAAAACAACAAGAGAAGAGAAAUGGAGGAGAAGAGCAAAAGAGCUAAGCUUGCCAAAGAGAAAGCUGAGCAAGAAAAGCUGGAACGUCAGAAAAAGAAGAAACAGCUGAUGGAGAUGAACAAAGAGGGUGAGACAGGUGUGAUGGAUAAUCUGCUGGAGGCCCUGCAGUCAGGUGCAGCUUUCCGAGAUCGAAGGAAGCGCAUCCAGAGAAAUCCAGGUAGGCCAUCCCUCCAUACAAGCUCCUCCCCAACAUGUCACAGAACAGCCUGUCCUAGAGGCUUUGCCUCACUGGGCUCAGCCCACAGCUAUGCUUAGAUAAGUUCAACAGGC